CAAAACUUUUUUUUAUCACAGAAUAGCGCCUCAUGCGCCUUGGGGUUAAUCCGCCACUGCUUCUAUUCGACGGCAUUCGGAGGACAGAUGCCUCCAUUCGACGGAUAUUCAACGAGCCUAUUACGCGCGUUUGACGGAGAGUGCGAAGGAACAGUUCACUGUACUUUUUCCAUCACAUUGAAAUUUUGAGAGGCUUCGGAUUAAGGAUGGUCGAACAUUGAGGAAGAACAACACUGUUUAGAUAUGAGGCCUUGAAACUCAGCGCCGAUAGCACAACGGAUGGGUUGCAGAUUUGGCGAUGAAGGACAAGGGCUGGAACUGAAGUCAGGUUUUUCUGCGAGGACAAAAGUCGAUUCUAUUGUUCGAAUCGUUGUUACGGCGUAACAACGGCAAUACUCAUAAAGCAAUGAAACAAUUACAAAAGCAAAAGUCAAUUUACCACGAUGGCUCUAUGCAGAAAAAAUCCACGAAAACAUGAAACAAGAGCAUAUAGAAAACAUGUUAAAAGUUUGGUAAAGAGUCGCACUUGUCCAUCCGCGGUCCGCGGACGCGACACUCGCCCGGGAAAACCAAGAUUCGGUCACUUUUUCAUAGCGAAAAAUAUUAGUCAUUGAGUGCUGCGCACUUCGACCACCAAAUCAGUAUAAAAGGCGACUAAAAAAAAAUGUACGGUCUUGACUAUCAACGGACGUUGAGAUUGGUCUUGUGGCUCACAUCGAAAGUGAUCAUUUUGUGUUAUUGUAGUUUAUUACCAGUAUUAUGAAUUUUUAGUGUUAAGUGUUAUUAUUUGUGAUAUUAAUAAUUAGUGAUAUAUAAAUUGUGGCAAUUCAUAUCGUUAUUAGUAAUCAUCCUUUUUAAUCGCUCUAUUUCUGUGUACAUACACAUAUCUUUAAUAUUAAUAUUAUGGCAUCGAGAAAAAAAUAUACGUUAUUAAACAUGCAACAACGUUUGGAUGUCUUGAAGGAUCUUCGAGAAACAGGAUUGUCAUCUGCACAAAUUAGAAUGAAAUAUGCCAUUAACAUCAGAACAAUCCAACGCAUUCUAAAAGAUGCUACAAAAAUUAAUGCGUUUGCAGAUAAAAGUAAACGCGAACUUAAGCGACAGAGAAUAGUAAAGCCACAGUAUGACGAAAUAGAUAAAGAAUUAUUGUCAUGGUUCGUACAAAGAAGAACACUUGGAGUUCGUAUAACCGAUGCUGUUAUAUUAAAAAAGGCGACGGAACUAAAAGAAAAUUUGCUGUCAUGUUCGCGAUUUAAAGUAAGUAGUGGCUGGUUAGCAAAAUUUAAAAAACUUCAUGGCAUACGCUUAGUGAAGAUGUACGAAGAGAAAAGUAAUGCUGAUCAAGAAGGAGCAGAUGCUUUUGUAAAUAAUUUUAAAAAAAUAAUAGAAGAAGAAAAUGUAAAUUUGGAAAAUGUUUACAACAUGGCCGAAAGUGGACUUGUAUGGAAGGCUCUUCCGACGAAAACACUGGCUGAAGAAGAAGAAAAAAAUCUUACUGGACAUAAGACGAAAAAAGAUAGAAUUACAAUUGGCUUGUGUGCAAAUGCGUCAGGCACACAUAAGAUUAUGCCCAUUGUAAUUUACAAAUAUAAAAACCCAAGAGCUUUGAAACACGAAGUUUCAUUGCCUGUAAUUUUUAAAUCGCAGACAAAUGCAUGGAUGGAUAAAACAUUAUUUUUAGAUUGGUUUGAAAACCAUUUCAAACCAUCUGUAAAACAAUAUCAGGAGGUAAAACAAUUAUCAGGAAAAGUAAUCCUAUUGUUAGAUAAUUGUGAAGCCCAUAAAGUUUCGUUGCACGAAGAUCGAGAUUUUAAAAUUAUGUAUUUACCACCCAAUACAACGUCUAUUCUUCAACCGAUGGAUCAAGGAAUCAUAGAAAAAACAAAAAGAGUUUUCCGCCAGAAACUUCUACAACGUGUUUUGACGUAUGAUGGGGGAAUAAAUGAAUUUUAUGCCGACUACACGAUAAAAAACUGCAUUUAUAUAUUAUCCGAAUCCUGGUCGGAAAUUACGCAGGGAGAUAUUAAAAAUGUAUGGAAUAAAAUUAUUGAUCCUGCCAGUAGUUCCAUUCGAUCGAAAACAAGAGAGUUUGAACUUGAUUGGCAAAGCAUGAUAAGUGAGAUCACAGGAGAACAAUGCACCCCGGCACAUGUUACACAUUUUUUAUUAAACUGUGAGGAAGCAGAAAGAAAGGACGAAGACAUAGAAAUAAAACAAGAAGCGGCAGAACUUCAAGAAGAACCGCAAGAAAUAAUUUAUGAAGGGAGCAAUAACGAAAUUGAGAACAAUGAAUUACGUGUAAUAUUUGAGAGAUUGACAUUUUACAGUGCAAAAGCACCAGCUUGCAUACAAUGCAUGGUGCAGGGAAUAAAAAUAUUUUUCUUGGGCACGGAGAGUUAAUUAAUUAAGAAAUGUAGGAAAACCAUCAUUGUAGGUCACGAUGGUACACAAUCCCAAGGAUGAUACGCCAUGAAACAAUUCAAUAUAGUAUAUGUAUAAUUUUGCUCUUACCUAAUUAUGUAUAUCAAUGCAGCUUUUUAAUGUACAGUUUAUUAUUAAUAUGUAUAACAAUGUAUUUUACUUACAUAAUCACAGCGAUAAUGUAAUAAAGUAAAUUACCCAUUAAGUAUUAAGUAAAUAAAUGUAAUCGAAACUA